UCAGUCCUUCAUAUUCAAUUCUCUUUACCCCCUGCACAUGAAACGCAGCCUCUGUAAAGACACAAAGAGUUCUUCUCGGACAAGGCGUGAGAGUUUCCAGGAUGUGUGACCAAACGUUUCUCGCCAUCAACUUCGGGCCGUGUGACAAAUGUCAAAAGACAAAGCCCCUGAUGAAUAUAUACAUCAAAUCGGAGCCGAUCAACUACUGCGCGCUCUGCGUGGAGCUGAUGGCUACCGAGGGGCUGCAGGAGAGUGAGACCCUGGCAUCCUUGAAAAACGAGUCGGAGACCCUGAAGUCAAAGCUGGAAGAGGAGAGAGCCAAGCUGCACGAUGUUGAACUACACCAGGUGGCGGACCGGGUGGAGGCGCUGGGUCAGUUUGUGAUGAAGACCAGGCGGACCCUGAAGGGCCACGGAAACAAAGUGCUGUGCAUGGACUGGUGUAAAGACAAGAGAAGGAUCGUGAGCUCUUCCCAGGAUGGAAAAGUAAUUGUAUGGGAUGCUUUCACAACCAACAAGGAACAUGCAGUCACCAUGCCAUGCACCUGGGUAAUGGCUUGUGCGUACGCACCCUCUGGCUGUGCAGUAGCCUGUGGAGGUUUGGACAACAAGUGUUCAGUGUAUCCAUUGACUUUUGACAAGAAUGAGAACAUGGCUUCAAAGAAGAAGUCUGUGGCAAUGCAUACCAACUACUUGUCAGCCUGCAGCUUCACCAACUCUGACAUGCAGAUCCUGACAGCCAGUGGAGAUGGCACCUGUGCUCUGUGGGAUGUGGAGAGUGGACAGCUGCUCCAGAGUUUCCACGGCCACGCCGCCGACGUGCUCUCUCUGGACCUGGCGCCGUCAGAGACGGGCAACACCUUCGUGUCCGGGGGUUGUGAUAAGAAGGCCAUGGUCUGGGACCUGCGCUCUGGACAGUGCAUCCAGUCCUUUGAAACACAUGAGUCUGACAUUAACAGCGUCAGAUACUAUCCCAGUGGAGAUGCAUUUGCAUCAGGUUCUGAUGAUGCUACUUGUCGUCUGUACGAUCUUCGAGCAGACAGAGAAGUAGCAAUUUACUCCAAAGAAAGCAUCAUUUUUGGAGCUUCAAGCGUGGACUUUUCACUUAGUGGACGUCUGCUGUUUGCAGGAUACAAUGAUUACACUAUUAAUGUCUGGGAUGUCCUGAAGGGCACCAGGGUCUCCAUUCUCUUUGGUCAUGAGAAUCGGGUUAGCACAUUGCGAGUUUCACCGGAUGGCACAGCCUUCUGCUCUGGAUCAUGGGAUCAUACUCUGAGGAUCUGGGCUUAAAGUUUAUGUGAGGCCUCACUACAAAUGAGAAUCUGGGUUCCUUGAAUUCUACAUUUGUUAAUCAGGAUGCACACUUAACUCUACAUUAUCUCAACUGAGGCUUCUUUUCCUUCAGACAGCUUCAGACAGCUGAGAAGGUCCUGUGGUAAAAGGAUUUGCUUUGUAGGAAAAUACCAGAAUAGUAAUUUAACCAUUAGUGUACAUUCCGUGUACUGACAAUAUAUAGAUAGAAUAAAUAGAUAUAUAGGUAUACUGUACCUUGUCAGAUAUUUCCUUCUGUUGGCAAGGGUCUGAAGUCAAGGACCUCUUACUACUUUGGAUUUUUGAAUGUCAAUGAUUGUAACAGUGUCAGUCCUCAAUUUUUAGCUGUAUUCCAAAUAAUGAAAACAUGAAAUUCUGAUUAGCUUUGGAAUUCUGUUUGGAAUUCUGUUUUUGUUGUGAUCGGUGAGUUACCGAUCUCAAAUUCUCCUUUAUUUAAAUUACAGCUAAAAUAACCUGCUAGGUUAGGGUUGACAUAACAGUUGUCUGUGAAGUACCGAUUGGUUUGAACUGUCCUAACAACCUGACUGUUACUGAUGCUUUGUGGCCUAAAAGAUUCUAUUGCUUUUUGUAGUCAAAGUAGAAACAUAACAUUCUUGAACUCUGCAGGCAAUUGCAUUUAAAGAUUGUUUUGUUUUACAUGAAGAGUGUCAAAGAACCUUGGUUUCCAUACAUCACCUGUUUUCAUUUCGCAUCCUGUUCUUAACCUUUAAAUUUAAAACUGCUGCACAGGGUGGUUAUAAAGCUUUGCAGUUACCUGACUACCUGUCUGCAUCCAUUCAUUCAGUGUGCAUGAGGUUCACGUGAGUGUACAGAUUAGAUCAAGGACAUGUGAAUAGCAGGGGGGAGAAAUGUUAUCAAUUUCUGAGAUACAGACAACUAUCUCAGAGGAACUCUUCAUGGUGCCGAUAAUUGCAAAACUUCAUAAUCUCUACUGUAUCAGCAACUUAGAAAGAAGCACUAUAGGAUAAUCAGGUUCAUUCACAAAAAGUUCUUCCUAUAAAGGACAGAAGAUAUCCUCAUAUCCAGAUCCUACCCAAACGUAAGUUGUGACUGUACCAAACUGAAUAUAGCUUUGGGUUAUGUUAUUCUUAUCAUGUCCAUUUCACUCGUUUCUGUGCAUCUGUGGUCUGGUUGGAAUAACAAGGAUAACAGUAGUACUACACCUGCAAAAAUCUUUUGCUGUACCGUGGGACUGCACCAUAAAGCACCAUAUGGCUUGUUAGAAUAUUGCUUGAAAACUAAGCAAUGCAACUUUUAUUAAGUUUUUUGUUUUAUUUUUUGUUUCUGUUUUAGGGAAGGUGAAUAAAAAAUAGAUGCAGAGUGGAUGUAAUAUUUAUAACUUGACAGGACAAUGUUAAUACUAUAAGCGGUAAAGUUGGUGGAAUCCGUCUUGGGGUGCUAUAGUUCAGAAUGUGCAUCCAAUAUUUCCAGACUGAUGAAGGCAUUAAUGCAAUGUUAAAGAUAAGGACAGCAAAGGGCAAAUUCAAAUAAAUUUUUCCUGGAAUGAAAGUGUUAGGGUUGUCUAUUUUUCAUCUUCCACAGAGAGGAGCAAAUGAGGGUUACUACUUUAUCAUGUAUAUUGUAAUUAAUCUUACUUUUCUUACAAUCAAAUGAACUGGCUAGAAACAAAAAUGAUCACAGUAGGGAAUGCUCUGUCUUUGUGUUUUCACUGUACACGUCAUGCACUCUUUGGUUGUUGUGACAGCAUGCUAAAAGAAGGUAUGUAUCCCACUCUUAGGAAAACUGUGGUCAUCAAACCUGUUAUGACUUUUUUAACAGCUCCUUUACAUUCAUAACAGCUCAUUACAUUUUGCAGGAGAUCAAAACAACGUAAGAAUUUGCCUGAAUGUAAUUCUGCCUUGCUCACGUUUGUCAGGAAGAAUGAAAGCAGAAUUUCUGUUCACCCAUUUUUUUAUUGACCUCCAGUUCUGUUCUGGCCUGCUACAGAGUUCAGAUGUUGCGUGAGGUGUAAGAGUGAUGUGGUUUGCCUAGAAUCUGUUGCACUACUGUAUAAACUUUAGGAUACUGUUAUUCUCAAUCGAUAAAAUGUACAAUAGGAUUUAGUUGUCCUAUAAAAGCAUUUCUGUAAAAGCAUUUACAGUAUUGUUUUCUGUAAUCUGUCCAGUUUUCUGUAAUCGUUUUGUGUAUAUAUUUAACUGAUUCACUGCUGGGACUGCUGUACACUGACUUUUGCCCAAAUGUAAUAAAUAGAGUUUUAAAUAUUGUUA